GAUGUGCACCUUAUAUUACCAUGUAUCACCUCUGAAUUUAACCCAAUGAUUCAAUGUAGUGUUAGAAUGCUCUUCAUUUCCAAAUAUUGGCAAAAAUCCACUUAAUAAAAAUAACAUUGCAUUGCAGGCAGGUUCUCUGGGGUUUAAUAGUAAUGACAGUUCCAUGACUUAGCAUUCACAAAGUCAGAGAAAAAUGCCCACUGAUGAGGGAUCCAGCAUAAGGUACAGGUUUUCUGAUUCUGGGGUCAACAUUCUUACUUUGCUCAGGCUUCUAAAUCCUUUCCAAAAGAUAAUUACAAAUAGAAGAGAAAUAAUUAACUCUUUUAAAAAAGCGUUUCACUAUAGAUCCUUCUUGCUGUGCUUGUGUUACAUAUACAGAAGCAUCCUUAGGAGCUUCUCAUUCAUUGUCUUCAUUGAUUAGUGACAUUCAUUCUCUUGGUCCUUGAAGUUUAAGCAGCAUGAGACAGGAUAAUUAGAGAGGUAGUUUUCAGUUGCUUUUUGUCAAAGUUUGUUAACUGACCUGUUAAGCAAUGCAACUGUGAUUUCAAAAGCCUCCUUUCACUGCACUUCACUAAUUUCUUUCGCUCUGUGAACUACUAGUCUCAUACUCUUUAUUCUUUGUGCUUUUUUAAAAGCACAUGCAUUGCAGAGCUGUGAAAUUGCAACAUGCAACGUGUAAGUGCUUUUUAAUUAAAAGAAUCAAUUGCAGUGCUUUCAGCUGUGCUUAACUAACAUAAUACUUCCUCCUGCCAACAAAAUAUAAUGGUAACAAAAGAGGUAUUUGUAAUAUGAUUAACCAAUUGGAAAAAAAAACCCACAUGAAAUAUAGGGCUUUUUCCUGACACUUUGUUUUUGUAUUUCCCAAAAGUUAUUGCAUAUUUAAACCGGUCUUAUGGCCAGUGCCCUAUAUUAUCUCUGCCUAAUAUAACUGUCUUAUUAUUUGGAAUGCAGGCUCAGCAUUCAGUGAGCAAUGACUUCCCCAAACAUGUUUUUGACAUGCUCGAGAACUACAUUGUGGAAAAUAUGAAGUCGGAGAUGGCCCAGAUACAGCAGAGUGCGGUUCAGAACCACACAGCCACCAUGCUUGAGAUAGGAACCAGCCUCUUAAGUCAGACGGCAGAGCAGACGAGAAAACUCACAGAUGUUGAAACCCAGGUACUAAAUCAAACAUCCCGUCUUGAAAUUCAGCUGCUGGAAAAUUCAUUAUCUACAUACAAGCUGGAAAAACAACUUCUGCAGCAGACACAUGAAAUCUUGAAAAUUCAUGAGAAAAACAGUUUACUUGAGCAUAAAAUAUUAGAAAUGGAAGAAAGACAUAAAGAAGAGUUGGAUACAUUGAAGGAGGAAAAGGAGAACUUGCAAGGCUUAGUCUCACGUCAAAGCUACAUAAUCCAGGAGCUGGAGAAGCAAUUAAACAAGGCAACAAACAACAACAGUGUCCUGCAGAAACAGCAGUUGGAACUGAUGGACACAGUUCACAAUCUAGUCAAUCUCUGUUCCAAAGAAGGAGUUUUACUGAAGAAUGCAAAAAGAGAGGAGGACAAGCCAUUCAGAGAUUGUGCAGAUGUGCACCAAGCUGGUUUUAACAAAAGUGGUGUCUACACUAUUUACAUUAAUAAUGUAUCAGAGCCUAAAAAGGUCUUUUGUAAUAUGGAGAUUGCAGGAGGAGGAUGGACAGUUAUACAACACCGAGAAGAUGGGAAUCUGGAUUUUCAAAAAAACUGGAAAGAAUACAAAAUGGGUUUUGGUAGCCCAUCUGGUGAACAUUGGCUGGGGAAUGAGUUUAUCUUUGCAAUAACCAGUCAGAGGCAGUAUUCUCUAAGAAUUGAGUUAAUGGACUGGGAAGGAAAUCGGGCAUAUUCACAAUAUGACAGAUUUCAUAUAGGAAAUGAAAAGCAGAAUUACAGGCUGUAUCUAAAAGGUCACUCAGGAACAGCAGGAAAGCAAAGUAGCCUGAUCUUACAUGGUGCUGAUUUCAGUACUAAAGAUGCUGAUAAUGACAACUGCAUGUGCAAAUGUGCCCUCAUGCUAACAGGAGGCUGGUGGUUUGAUGCCUGCGGUCCUUCCAAUCUGAAUGGAAUGUUCUAUACUGCUGGACAAAAUCAUGGAAAACUAAAUGGGAUAAAGUGGCACUAUUUCAAAGGCCCCAGCUAUUCCUUACAUUCAACAACUAUGAUGAUUCGGCCCUUAGACUUUUGAAAGCAAUCAGCCUCAAGACACAAGAACAAAACACGAUACCACUCUUAUUGAAAGAACUUCUUGUGUUACCUUCAGAAGAAAAGAGGUUGAGGGUGUUGUAAAAGCAACAAGUAGGAGCUACACAAAGUUCUUCCAUUACCACUUCAUAGUCUCCAAAAACUCUACACGAGGCAGCCUAUAUACUGAUAACAUUGGGAUGGCUUGGCCUAAGAGAAGGUGGCUGUAACGAUUUUCCAAUGGAGGAGAACACAUGGACUUCAUGUAACUGUCACUGUGACUGAAUGUAGUAUCUGUCAGCAGAUAUCUUUUCCUUUGUGUAAAAGAUGCAAAAAUAUACUGGAUAAUACUGAAGAACAGAAACAAAUCUAUGAUAUUCUAUUGAGAAGAAUCAUUUUCAGCAGUGAAAUGGCAUCACAUCUAUGCAAAAGUAUUACCGAUAAGGUGUUAUUAAUGCACAUCUUAAACUAUCCAAAAUGACCACUCCAAUCAUUAUCUUUAGUAAUCUGAAGUUGGAUGGAUGGAUUUCUCUUAAAUCCAGAGUCAAAUAGUAUACGAUAGAGUUAUUUUUUCAUCCAGCCCAUUUCAAAUGUAAAACAUACCCCUGAUAAACAUACUGAGUCACAGAGCAUGAAGAAUGAUAAGGAUAAUAUGCAGAAAAUCGUCAGCACUGUUAGGGCAAAGUAAGUAUAGGUAAUCCAGAUAAUUGGCAUAAUCCCUGCGCUAGGAUUUAUAGUGUGAUAAAAAAAAUAACCAUUUGGGGCUUUUUAGUGCAGCUUUUGCCUGCAUUAAAACAGUCUGACUGUCACACUGAAAGAUUGGAGGAAAGUUUAAAGAAUGUGAAAUAUAUCAUGAAGAAAUAUGUUGUUUUGCAUAUAUGAAUUUCUUUCAAAGUAAACAGGAAAUCAGACUGUUAGGAUGUAUAAAAUGGCAUAAACAUGUAGUUUACCUGGAUGGAUUAAUUUUAAAGUAUCUUUGCAUGUGCACACUUUAGCAUUAAUUAUUUUAAAUUCUUAUUAGAUUUUCAUUUCUUCACUAUAUUGUUUCACCUACUUUGUGAAUAACUGAAGCAAACCAGUGCUACACUCUGCUUCAGCUAUUACUAUAAAAAGUAUUCAUCACAACAUUAUAGAAAAUAAAGGAAUAAUUAUAAUUAUAAAUUGUAAAUAGCAUGUUUAUAUCUCUACAGUACAAAUAGUGGCCAUUUAAUUUGUACAUGCUGCAUAUACCCUAUUCAAUGCACGUGAAUGCAAAACUACAAAAGGAUAUAAUUUUUAAAAAAUUCUAGAAUGGUGUUAUACAUGUUGCUUCCCAUUAAAAAUGCAUUGUAUUAAGUCAUUUUGUUAUACUAAAAAUUUGGCUUGGGUGCAGGGUCAGCUGUCAGAUAUUGUCAUAUUUAAGGUGCCUAUGAAAAAAGUUUGUAGCAAAGGGGUCAGGUGGCACCCAAAUGUAAAGCUGUUAUAUUUUCUAUUUAAAAACCUCUGCUGACAUAAUCUGAUGGAGAAGCUAGUUUUUGGAAAUUAGUGUCUACAUAGUCUCUGCCCGCUUUGAGAAAAACAAAGAGACUAAUCCUACUCCAUUUAAAAUCGAAUGUAAAAUAUCCAUUGAUUGGAAUGGGAACAAAAUCAGACCAAUAAAAUAUAUGUGGACGGAGCUGUUUGUUUUUGUUUUAAUUAAAAAAAACUAUUAUUGAAAUCAGGCAAAACGACAAUCUGGUUGUUGUGGGGGGUUGGUUUGGUUUGAUUUUUAACAAUUACGGUAUUUCAAUAACUAGGCUCUUUAUUCUUUAACAGCUUUCUUCCAUUUAAGAAAAUAAAGCAGUAUAGAUUUUUUAAGGCAACAUGAAAGGAUAAGGAGCACCACAGGGUUCUUUUGUAAUUUUGUUAGCUCAAUGUUUUCCAAGUAGGAAGGGCUUUGUUUUUAUGCAUCCGUAUGAUUUUUUUUUUUUUUUGAAUAAUCCUGCCCAAGGGGUUAAUUUGUUGUGUUGUGUGGAUUAAAUUACCCAACUAUUCUUUGCUCAGCAGUUCUUCAGAGUGCUGCUUUGUCUCUGUUUCCAGUAAUCUUUGCAAUGUAUGCAGUCAUCAUUUUGGUGCAAAACCUGUGGUCUUGGUCUGCCUUCCACUGUGUUCUCACAAGAUUUUUUUUUUCAGGUCACGGAAUUAGGAAUAUCAUUUUGUAGAAACUGUUGCAAAAGACAAAACACAUAAAAAGCAAAAACAUGAUAUAUACUGUUUAUUUAUCUGGGUUUGAAAAAAAUGGGGACAUGGGUUGCUAUCCUUUAUAA